UCCACCAUUUACAUCGCACCCACUGAUUAAUUUAUCCAGGUUUACCAUAGGAGAUCGCGGCGCCACUUGAUGUCUUCUCCCCGCCAGAUUGUUGCGAGUGCCGGUCUCCGAUCGAGCCCGGGCUCAAAUGUAUUUUCUGAUAUUUUUUUAAGGCAGAUUUUAUUUAGAGGCGGUGCUUGCAGGCUCUGAGCAGCGUCGUAGCGACACUUUCUCUUCCCCAGUCAGUGUUUGGUCAAGAGCACAGUUGGAGCUGGGGGGUCGUGUGGAUUUGGGGGGUGACUGCUUCUUUUUUUUUUUGCUAUUUCCCCGUUUUUUUUUUUUUACUUCCCCCUUCUUUCUUCUUCUAUUUUGCUACAGUUUUGGUGUUUUUUGCCUAGAAAUUUGUUUCCAUUUCUGGAUUUUCUUUUGGAUCAUGAACAAACUAUACAUCGGGAACCUGAGCCCUUCAGUGACUGCCGAAGACCUGAAGCAGCUUUUUGGGGAGUGGAAGCUCCCUCUGUCCGGUCAGGUCCUGCUCAAGUCUGGAUAUGCCUUCGUGGAUUUCCCUGACCAAAACUGGGCCAUUAAAGCGAUAGAGGCUUUGUCUGGCAAAGUGGAAUUGCAUGGGAAAGUGAUUGAAGUCGACUACUCUGUCCCUAAAAAGCAAAGGAGUCGAAAGAUUCAAAUCCGGAACAUUCCUCCUCAUCUACAAUGGGAGGUGUUGGAUGGGCUUUUAGCGCAAUAUGGCACAGUGGAAAAUGUGGAACAAGUAAACACAGACACGGAAACUGCAGUUGUAAAUGUCACAUAUGCAACGAAGGAACAAGCCAAAGUGGCAAUCGAGAAACUGACUGCACAUAAGUUUGAGGAUUACUCAUUCCGAGUUUCCUAUAUCCUGGAUAUGGAUGCAGCACCAUCUCCUCCUGUCCAGCGAUCUCGCCGUGGAGGGCGGCAGACACGUGACCAGGGCAUUUCUCAGCCUGGCACAUCAGGGAGCCCCUCUGCCUCACGCUUAAAGCAACCUGACUUUCCCUUGCGCAUGCUUGUCCCCACGCAAUUUGUGGGUGCCAUCAUAGGGAAAGAGGGACUCACGAUCAAGAAUGUUACCAAGCAGACCCAGUCCAAGGUCGAUAUCCAUAGAAAGGAGAAUGCUGGAGCGGCAGAGAAACCCAUAACCAUACACUCGACGCCUGAGGGUUGUUCCUCUGCUUGCCGUAUGAUUCUGGAGAUCAUGGAGAAAGAGGCCAGUGAGACUAAAACAACUGAAGAGAUUCCUUUGAAAGUUUUGGCUCACAACAGCCUCGUUGGGAGACUAAUUGGCAAAGAAGGUCGAAAUCUCAAGAAAAUUGAGCAAGAGACUGGGACCAAGAUCACUAUCUCGUCUUUACAAGACUUAACCAUUUACAACCCAGAGAGGACCAUUACUGUGAAAGGCAGUAUAGAAGCUUGCUGCAGAGCUGAAGUAGAAAUAAUGAAGAAGCUCAGAGAAGCCUAUGAAAAUGACAUUUCUGCAAUUAAUCAACAAGCCAACUUGAUCCCAGGGCUCAACCUCAAUGCUUUGGGUAUUUUCUCAACUGGACUGCCAGUCAUCCCGUCUGUAGCUGGACCCCGUGGAGCAGCCUCAGCUAGCACCUCUGCUUACAGUCCCUUCCUUAGUCAAUCAUCAUAUCUGAGUGGUCUGUACGGGGUCCCUCCAGCCAGCAUGGUAUCUCACCAGCACUCAGCCCCUGAACAGGAAGUUGUAUACCUGUUCAUUCCCACUCAGGCUGUUGGGGCACUUAUUGGGAAGAAAGGUCAACACAUCAAGCAACUGGCGAGGUUUGCUGGUGCUUCUAUUAAGAUCGCUCCAGCUGAAGGACCAGAUGUUGCUGAGAGAAUGGUUAUUAUCACUGGAACCCCAGAGGCCCAGUUUAAGGCUCAGGGUCGGAUUUUUGGAAAGCUGAAGGAAGAGAAUUUCUUUAGUCCAAAGGAAGAGGUGAAAUUACAGGCCCAUAUCAAGGUACCAUCAUCUGCAGCUGGAAGAGUGAUUGGCAAAGGAGGGAAAACGGUUAAUGAACUACAGAAUCUCACUAGUGCCGAGGUGAUUGUACCGCGGGACCAAACUCCAGAUGAAAAUGAUGAAGUCUUUGUAAAAAUUAUUGGGCAUUUCUUUGCCAGUCAGACUGCACAACGAAAGAUCAGGGAGAUAGUACAGCAGGUCAAACAACAGGAACAAAAACACCAUCAGGGAGCUCCCACGCCGCACCACUCCAAGUAAGCACCAGAGUGGUGCCAGUGAGCAACAGCUGAUGAAUGUAGCCCUUCCAACCGAGGAGAAAGACAGACGUGAUGAAACAGACCAGAAGAACGGGGAACAAAACCAAAGAACAUUACUGGGAUAAAUGUGCCAGCUGCAGGCUGGGUCUGCAUUAGUUAACUGUGCAGAGGAGAGGAUUUUGUCUAGUAAUCACACAAAUAUUAAGGGGGGCAUCUGCAGUCUUUCCAGAUAAAACAGAAACUCUGUCACGAUACUCUAUAACGCUAUCCCUUUAGUUGGACUAACAUAGGCCUAAGUUAAACAAACAAAAUGAACUAAAAUAUGUGCACGGGAAGAAUAACAACUUGGAUUUUGGCUUUUUAGGUCACAAGUAUUUUUAGCCUUAGCAGUAUUAAUUUUAUAUAUGUAAAAGUUUUAUAUAAAUAAAAAUUUUAUAUAUAUAAAAUGACAGAUAGAUAGAUACACAUGUAUAUACAAUAAACACACAAUUGAGUACACAGUGUGUGUAUAUACAGGUAUAUAUAGAUGUAACAGCUGACAAGUAACAACCUUAUUGUUUCCAUAGUUAGAAUAAAUAGGCUUUUUAGACUUGAAGAAAACAAGAGUGAAUUAUACUGUGUGAUCUAUAAAUCACAUGUUUGAAUAUUUUUGGUUGUAUAAUUUUUUGCUAAAUUGGGUUUUGUUUUGAUUCUGAUUUUAACCUCUUAGCCUGUGUGCCAACAGAAGGGAUAACGUCCCUAUGGAAAGGUAUAAUACUUCAUCUCUGUUUAGAUCACAGCCUUCUCUUUUUUUUGCUUUGCUUUAUGGUUCUAAACUGGCUUUUGCAUUACCGUAUAUUUUUAUUUUCCUCAAAUUGAGCAGCAUCUUUCUAAUUUCAUAGAUGAAGUUUGGCUUCCACACUGGGAUCAGAAAAUAGAAAAAAAUAAGUCAUACAGUACAUAUAUUAACACUGUUCAAAAAAAUUGAAAUAAUAAUUUAAAGCAGUAUCUGAAAUGGCUGUUGAGGAGGGAGAAAGCUUACAGGAAAAACUAGUAAAUUAACUAAAUACAAACUAGUAAUUCUGAAGUACAAUUCAAAGAGGUCCGUUGUUUUGUUCUCCAGUGAAGAAAGAUUAAAACGAAGCCACAUAGUCUCUGUUGCAUUUUAGUGAUCCAAUAAUGGCGACUGUGAAUGUAAAAUAUCCAGCCUUUUUCUUUAAAAUUUAUUCCAAAUUAUCAUGAGCUGGAUGUACAGCUUUGCCCUUAGUGCUUAUCAUUAAAAACUUGGUGCCUUAAGAAAAUGUGUAACUGAUUGGAUCACACAGCUUCUCUCUCAUCUUAAGCUAUCAGUUUAGCUACAGCUUCCAAACUUUUUAUGCUUAGCAUGUAAACACACAUAUUUUUGCAUAUGUGUGUCUGUCUAGAGGUAUGGGUGUGCUUAUAUACUUGAUAUAUGAACACACUGCAUAUACAAGCAGAGGUUCCCAGCUCCAGUCUCUAUCGGCUAUAACGUCUUGAGGAUCUAACCCUAUCUCCCAAUUCAUUCAAUUUCUUCUUCAAUUAGAGAGUGUAAUGUGUCAUUAAUAGAUAGGAAGUAAUUUUCACACUGCUUAAAGAUUUUUAAUAAAAUAAGAAAUAACAUUAACGAAGUAUCGCCUAGAAAAAAAUUCCUUUGAAGACUAUGGCCUUUUUAGGCUGAGCUGGGAGCCCCUGGCGUACACUGUGUGCAUGUAUAUGACAUAUAUACAGUACAUUGAAAGGGACUUUACGAGAGUUCAGAAGAUUUAGCACGAUAACCUUCAUUUUUAUUUUCUUCAGAGCUUGUUUGGAACGUACUAUUUAAGACGGACUGGAUUAUAACCAUAAACCUUCUUUAUCUAUGAAGUGACAGCCCACCAAACUGAGGGUCUUCAAAAGGUUCAAUCCCAAAAGGCACUGAAGAAAAAAAACCUUCAAAGUCAUUUUAGUGUCUUAGAAGGGAGAAAAUGGCUUUUCAUCAUUGAGAAAAAAAUAUCUUGUUUGAGACACUGCCAUGUGAAACAAAGAGCAAAUUUUAUUUUUGAAAAUAAGAAUAUUAAUAAAAAAAGAAUGAUGAGAACAAUAAAAGAAGAUUAAAAACAAGAUUGUUGGCCCAGUAAGUGAAAAGUGCGCGUUUAAAAACAGUAUGAUCUACCUCAGGCGUUAAGGUACCUCAGUAAGUUUCUUUAAUUUCCCUUUUUUGAGAUUUUGUAUGCCUUGUAAAACUGAUAGUUUUGAACAUUUUUUUUUAUUUUUUUAAUAAAAGAACAAAAAAAUAUUUAGCUCAAACUUUUCCAGAAGGAAAGAUUUAAAAAACUAUUGUAAAUAUUAUUUUCCUCACAGUUGGAAAGUUAUUCACCUUUAUUUUUAAGAAAACCUUGAAACAUGUAUGGCGUGGGUGGAGAAAAAAAAAGUUGAAAGCAAGUUCUUAAUUGUGUUCUUGACCUGAAGGAAACAAUGUAUAGUGAUUUAAUGAUUAAGAAAAAAAUAUUCCAUUGUACCGAUAGACUGCAGUGUCAGUUUCCAGUUUUACUGAAAACAGUGUUCUGUGAAAAAUGAAAUACUUCUAGAUAGCAAAACAAAAUAGAUUUAUCUUUACCUCUAACACAGAUGGUCAUAGUGUAGGUGUCUAUUUGAGUGACACAUACGCGACUUCUCCACAGGACAGAGGGAACCUCCGAGACUUGGUAUCUCGCACGUGUCCAGUAAGCAGGCAGCGACCAUUACAUAGCUUAUAACGGUGUUUGUGUAAAUUUCCAUCUGUAGAAUAUCAAUAAAUAACAAUCCUGACACAUCCAGCUGCCCAUCUGUGUACAGUUACGCCUUUUUUGUAAUAACUUUAUUCUUUUUUUUUUUGUUGAAGUUCAUAGAAGGCUUGAACAACUGACUCUUAUUUUUGUUUUCUAGUUCAGUAAGAGAAAAGCGAUAGUAUACUGCAUGCAGUUUAAAGAUAAGAAGUAAUCCAAACCUGAUGAGUGACCAUGAUAUUGUGCAGUAUGUAUAUCCCAGGCCUGGAACAUUACAUAAUGGCAUUAACAGGUUUUUUGGUUUUUGAUUUUUGUGGUACAUAAUGGUUUUUUAAUACAAAUGUAAAGAUGUACAACGCAAACACGAAGUACAGUCAUCCCUUUUUUAUCUGAUUUUUGCUGCAGCUUGGCGUUUACCAUAGAGACCAUUCUUUCACCAUAAGGCACAUUUUACCUGAUGCGCCUAAGUGAGUGUACUGUUGUUAGUGCUCAUGUGCUUUGAGCCACCUCCCGCCACUCUUGGGCCUUAUAUGCAGUGGCUGCAUUUAUCACUAAAUAUCUGGGAUCUUCAAAAAUUGCCUCUAAACACAUGGAUGGAAGUGCAUUUUCUUUUAUUUUUAAAUUUUGUGAUUAUGCUUUGCUGUGAGACGAGUUCACAGUGCUUGUGAUUCUAUGAGGUGAGCCAUCCCUCAGUAUAUGGGCAGCGAAGAUCUCAAGAUUAAGGUGUAGACACAUUUCUAUUAAUGGCAUCUUUUCCCAGUUUCUUUCCAAUUAAAUUCUCUAUCAUGGAGAGAUCAGCGUUUGGUGAUUAAAUAAGCAUUUCAGUGACAUCUGUGGAAAUUGCUUAGGGUUUUCUGAUAGGCUACUCAUUUUUCUAGGUCUGAUUUGUUUUUUGAACUUCCUGCAGGACUGGAUUAGAAUUGGAUAACAGAGAUGACUGUACCUCUGUUUUACUGUACCUUUUAGUUUGUCUCUAGAACAAUCUUUCCUCCACUCAUAAUCUAUACGCAGGUGUCUUUUAUUCCACUGUGCCCUGUAUGAUGCAAUUACGUACUAUGAGGAUGAUUCAUUUGAAAACAGUUCUUAAUAUGUUUUAGAAACAUCUUUCCAGUAAACAGUUAAACCCUGGACUGACCUCUUUACAGCAUACUUCACAUGUUUUUAGUGCAUUGAAAUUUUGUAAAUAUGUACCAAGAUCCAGUGCUAACUCUCUAUUUGUGUAAGUUUUCCAUUUGAACAUUACUUAAAUUCUGUCGUUAAAACACAUUUACUAUUUCAACAUAUGGUGGAUGCUGUUGAACAGUAGCUAUGCAGACAUCAUUGAUGGGUGAGGAAGAGGCGCUUGUUUUAUUUUUACUUAGUCUUGUACAGAACCUGACCCUUUAAAGCAAUAAAUGGCAAUUUUACUGCUAUACACAAUAGUUCAAUAUUAGCUGCUAAAAUUCAUUAACCAGAUUGAUUUCCAUCUGUCUUAAUAUCAGCAGUUUACAUUCUGCGUAUCAGUUUCUACUAUAAAGUUUUCUUGAUAAUACUCUCGCCUCAGCUAUCCACAACUGAAACCUCCCCUUAAUUGCAAAUGCACCAGUUGGCAGUUAUUUUUAUUCCCCUGCAGUCAUUUCCCUUUCUAGCACACUGGAAACUCUUUUCCUUUUUCACCCAAAGGAGUCUCCUUUGUUUCUGUACUGAUUAAAUGCAUUUCCGCAACAAAACCCCUUGGAUUAGAACAUUCCACUUAUCGUCCAUGCCCUCCAGGAUACUUGGGAAAGCAAUAAAAUUUAAUGAUGUGAGAAAAUCACAGAAUUCCUUUGUACAGAAGACUUUUUCUGAGGAUUUCUUGUUGAACAUCCGUUACACAGUCCAGGGACGCCUUCCAGUUUAAAGACUACCUAGGUGGGCUACUUUACCUGUUCAAUAACUUGACCAUCAGUGUUUCUUGGUGGAAUAUGCAGUACUUCACUUAGCUGAACAACACGGCUUAGAAACCAUCACAGAGAGGAUGUCACAGCAUCCGUAUCAAGGACCUCUCCAUGCCUGUUGUGGAGCACUUAUCGUCUAACGACUGAAAACCUCUUGUCUGAAUUUUUGUGUUUUUUAUCACAGACAUCCAAGGACAUCUGUAAUGAAGAAAGUCCAGAGUAAACUCAUUCCCUGACUUGUUCUCACAUUUUCUCAGCAGUCAACAACUGACUGAUCAUUCAACGGAUCCCUUAACUGUUUUCACGUGACCAGCUUUCUCAAGUUUUUGGUUCUUUAGUAAUUUUAACCUGCUUUCCCUGAUUUUUUUUUUGCCUUGCCCUCACUUCUUUGUCUUCUACAACAUAAGCUGCCAUAUCUCUGAUGAGGACUUCACUUUCUUUUUUACUGAUAAAUUAAAUGUGAUCAGUUUUUCUCUUGCACAUAUGGAAUGACACUGCCAUAAUGAAACCUCUUACUAAAGCUGUGCUUAUCAACUGAAUCCUCCUCAACAAAUGGUAGUUUUUGCCUUUCAGUCAUCUAGAAAGGUCAUUAACAUUUUCACUAUGUAAAUAGGUUAUGUCAACCAAUAAAGUAUGUAUCAGAAAAGUUUUCUGGGAUUUAAAAAUCUUUACAGAGAAGAAACCGGAGUUACUUUAAUUAGGAGAUAUAUCACAUCUUAAUAGAUCUGGUUGUGAGCACCUUUGCUAGUUCCAUAAGCUUUGUAACCUGACCUGUAUCUGGGAAGGAGUUGAGUUGAGAUAAAGGAGUGGAGUUGAGAUAUGGUAUGGCUGCAUGACUAAAGUCUAAUCAGAAGCCACUCUGACAUUAGCUUGGCUUGGCUUGGGAGGAGAGCUGGGGAUUUACAGAUGAACAAGUUGUGUUGCCCAGGGUGCAUUUCAAAAGGUACAUUUUAUUUUACAUCCUGAGCAAGUGACCUGCAGUUAGUUACCUGUGUGAAAAGCAGUUUGAUGGCAGAUGUUUGGCAUGGAUUCACAGGGAGCUUCAUUCGUUUGAAAUGGAAGGGGUAAUUAGAUGGGAUGAGAGGAACCUGUAGUAUAAAUACAUUUGCUAUAAGAUUGGUUCAGCUCUUGGGCUUUGACUAUUGUUUUGUAGAGUACAGCUUCAAAUACGACAGUGCCAAGUAGGCUGCGAUGGGGGAGGAAUUAGGCUUGUGACCACAAAUUACACUAAAUAACCGUGGUUUACAAUAUAUCAAAUAAAUUGUUAACUGUAACUGUCAGGGAUGCAACCUCUAAUCCCUUCUUGAAAAGCAAGCAUGGUUAAGCAUUGUAUUGCCAUGUUUGAGAUUGGCAAUUUGGCUGUAAAUUGGUCACAAAAUGUGCAGGUGUUUACAACUGAGGUUCUGUGUGUCUGGUGUAGGGCACUAGUACACAUACUUAAACUGCCAGCAUAGAGUGGCACAAACUAGUCUUCACAUCCGUGUAAGGCAUUGUUUCUAAACCACACUGCCAGUACGUUGCUGGUUGCCAUUGUUGGUUCAGAAAUGGGUUACCUAAGCCAGUGUCUGAAAACCACUGGUUCAUGACUCGGGUUGCUACUGGUGGGUCAUGAGAGGGUUGCCUAAGUGAGCUUGUUGCACCAUGAGGACAGUUUACAAUUGCUGCCAGUAAAUCAUCAAUAAAUUUAAAAAGUCAAAACUGGGGUGUGAGACCAUAAGGAUGAGAAACACUGGUGUAAUGAAGGUGGUGCGGACCAAAUACAUAAGAAUUAGCCAUGUGCCGAUCAAAACAAACCUUAAAAGGCCCCCAAAGUGUCAGAAAACAUAGGAGACCCUGUGAAACAGUAAUAAUAACACUAUUAAAAGUUUUAUUACGAUGGCUGGUUUUGACAAUUUCCAAAACUUUGCUAUUCCCUAUUGGCUGUCGGCCAUAAGUGCAAAUCGCCUCAACUUGGUUAGCCAUAAAUUGGCGCUUGACUGUUCUAAUGUUGCAGCUGGCGUAGGGUGCUGUUUCUCUGUCAAAAGAUCACACUGUAGGAUUUCAAGCAAUUCACUCCAACCCCAAGCAGCCGUACUCCGUGGGUGCAAGACCGAAAAUGUAUGUCACAAACCUGACUUGUGGUGAGACAUAGCAGUGUACCCAAAUUUCAGCUAAGCUUGAAGAGCAGAGAGAUUUCGCCUUGAUAGGUAAUGGAGACUUAGUACAGAAAUCCCAGAAUUCUCUUUUUUGAUUAUCAGAUAUAAACACAAUCAUACACACACACACACAUAUCAAGUUCUAGAGCUCAACCCACAGUAGUGAAAGUACAGAUCCUGCAGCAAUAGCCCCGAAACUGGAUUUCCACUAAUCCCCCGGGAGUUUAGUAAUGUCAUCAAUAUACACAUUACAGCACAUGCAUUGUCAUGGAAGCGGCAAGUAUUUAAGACGAUGAGACAAGUAUUGUUCUUGUUACCUUUUUUACAUGACAAUCACAGCAAUACACUUGGCACAUUUUUCUGUUCAUUUUGCCCUGUCCUGAUAUCACUUGUUAUACUACAGUACAAGGUCAACACAAAGAACUGGCAUAGGAAUAAAGCAGGCAAUAAGAUGAUGCCCUAAUGAUUGAAAAAAGGCAAAGUUGGAAUAUGAAAGAUUAUCAGUUUUUGAAUGCAAUAGAGAAGACCCUGAAUUGAAAUGUUGGGACCAAAGGAGUUUUUAAUGGAUGAUCCUUGGGAGAAAUCACACUGCCUCUGUUAAGCACUUCCUCUUUGUAGCUAAACCUCCUUGUUCUCUGGCUGACAUUCCAUCAACAGUAAACUGUCGUUCAAACCUCCCGACUCUGAGCCAAUGGGACUACCACUUGAAGACAGCUGCUUGGACCCUUCUUGAGUGGUCUUGUGACUGAGGUCAGAGAGCUACUGCGCCUGCGAUGGACCUGCUGGUGAUGCCAAAUGUCAGGGAACUUUUCCAAAAUGAAAUUUGCAUGUUCCACAGGUAAUGCAUUAAGAAUCAGGCCUUUAGGGGCUUGCUGUCAUGAAUGUGUUAGUCUCGUAUUGCUGCGUAGAAGCUUUUGCUAAAGUCAUGAGAAGUAGCAUUAAGUGACGAAUAUAUAUCCACAGUAGUUAGGCCCAUUCUAAAGUGCUGUCACUGGUGUUUUGCAAGGGCAGACUUAUCAUUUGUUAAGGUCUCGUUUCAUAACAGUAACUAAUUGAUGUACCUAAGUAGCCCCUCUUUGGAAUUGUUACCAUUCCAUGAUGCAUCUGAGGAUGAAACCUGCACUCGCUGCAGCAGACAAUAUCUUGGAGUAAGCCGACAUAAAAUGCAGUGACAUCUACACUGCUUGGACAUUAUAGCCAUUACUUUUAUCAACUGCGGAGCCUUUUCCCUCAGUAUACUCCAAGAAUUACUGUUCUCCCCAUAUACAAGAUGAGGUUUCUUGUUUUUUUACUUUUUUUUGCCUGUUCCUGUACCUAAAAAACUUGUUUUAAGAGCCAACAAACUGCCCAGUUGGCUGGCCACCCCACAGUAUCAACAUAGAAGCACAUACUGUGUCAGAAUAUCUGAAACAUAAAGGGUGUUCUUGCAUUUUGGUUACAACGUUCCGGUUUCACUACUGUAUUACGCCAAGACUGACCCAUUACUGUAUUCUGUGCAUGACAAGUGAGAAACUGAGUUUUUUAGGGAUAUUACAACAUUUUAGCAUGAAUUGAUUAAAGUACGAUGCUGUAUUUUGGUCCUGGCGAGAGUGUGUCAUACAUCGAGAGUAAACUUUCUGUGUGAGAACAGUUAUUCAGACACUAAUCUGUGUGCAAAAGCACGUGUGACGCAAAAUCCUGUGCGUUAAGAUGGCACCAGACCAUGAUCUGCUUUCUGGGUGUUGCUUAUUUGUUGUCUAUGCCCCACUGCACCCCAAACCACCACCGAAAGUCUUAUGUGUCUUGUGCAGAAAAGUUUUUUUAUUAAUGCUUAAAGAGAAUAUUCCCACUGUGGCCAAGUUCCAGGGUCUCCAGAAGGUGGCCCAGCAUGUUCAUAGGAGCUGAAUGUAUAUGACCGCCUACCAAAUUCACAAAGAAAUCAUUAAAGAAGCACUAGCAAGGCCAGUAUGAAUCAGUUGCAUUGACUAAACAACAACAAAAAAAAGAAACCUUGAAUCUUUUAAUUGUGUUUGAAUGGUCAUUGCGAUAGAGACGUACCACCGAGUGUUGUUUGCAGCAGGCCGAGUUGCAAUCGAUCUUCCGACACGCUGUGGUGUAGCUUUCUAAUUCCACUUAGUGACUUGUCUCACUAUGCGAGAAGAGUGCUUAAGUAUGGUAACGACAGUGGGAGACGGCCCUGCCCGUUACAUGACAAGGUUCACACGAGGGUCCAUGUCCUGGCCCCUUUCACAAUUCCUUAUGACAAAACGAUUGUUUACCAUCAUUACUGCACUGUGACUGGACUGCUGUAAUUUUUGGGCAGUGAAACAAUUGUAACCCAACGCUUGCCAGAUGUAUGUAGGUAGUUCAUGAUGAUGAUAAUGAUGGGCUGAAUUGUGGGUGAAAGGGUCUGGCUUCUUUAUAGUAGGGUGUUUAAUCAAUUAAAGAGUAAUUGAUUAAUCAUA